GGAAGUUUAGCGCCGUGAUUUUUUUUUCUUUUCCUUUCCCUUUUUUUGUUUGUUUGUUGUUUGUUUGUUUGAGGUUUUUCAUGUCACCCCAGGAGACAAACGGAAUAUUUCCCUGAUGAAAAUUAAUCAUCUGUGGAGAGGCUCCGUGAUCGUGACUAUGAUGAUGAUGUCGAGUAAGAGUGUGGAGUGGCUGCAGGAGGAGCUGGAGACCGGGGCCAGCUCUCUGCUGCUGCUGGACUGCAGACCCCAUGAGCUGUACGAGUCCUCUCACAUCGAGUCGGCCAUCAACCUGGCCAUCCCGGGCCUGAUGCUCCGCAGACUGAAGAAGGGCAACCUGCCGAUCCGCUCCAUCAUCCCCAACAACGAGGACAAGGAGAAAUUUGUCAAGCGCUGCAAGACGGACGUAGUAGUUUUGUACGACGAGGCGACCUCAGAGCGACAGGAGAACGGACUGGGGAGCUCCGUCCUGGGGCUGCUCUUGCAGAAACUGCGGGACGACGGGUGCAAAGCCUACUAUCUGGAGGGGGGCUUCAACAAGUUCCAGUCGGAGUACCCUGAGCACUGCGAGACCAAUCUGGACUGCUCCUGCCCCAGCAGUUCCCCACCAGCCUCUGUCCUUGGCCUGGGAGGACUCCGCAUCAGUUCAGACUGCUCGGACGGCGAAUCUGACCGCGAGCCGGGCAGCGCCACGGAGUCCGAGGGCAGCCCGCUCCCCAACAACCAGCCAGCAUUCCCUGUCCAGAUCUUGCCGUACCUGUACCUGGGCUGUGCCAAAGACUCCACCAACCUGGAUGUGCUCGGGAAGUAUAAUAUCAAGUACAUCCUCAACGUGACACCCAACCUGCCCAACAUGUUUGAACACGACGGGGACUUCAAGUACAAACAGAUUCCCAUCUCCGACCACUGGAGCCAGAACCUCUCUCAGUUUUUCCCUGAGGCCAUCUCAUUCAUUGAUGAGGCCCGUUCUAAAAAGUGUGGCAUCCUGGUCCACUGCUUGGCCGGCAUCAGCCGCUCAGUAACGGUGACCGUCGCCUACCUGAUGCAGAAGCUCAACCUGUCGCUCAACGACGCCUACGACUUUGUCAAGCGGAAGAAGUCAAACAUCUCCCCGAACUUCAACUUCAUGGGCCAGCUCCUUGACUUUGAGAGGACACUGGGCCUCAACAGCCCCUGCGACAACCACUCUUCCUCCCCGACUCAUGAGCAGCUCUUCUUCACCACCCCGACCAAUCACAACGUGUUUCAGCUGGACACUCUGGAGUCCACAUGAAAAUCAGACAACUGUCCUGUCGGGGUCGAGGUGGUGUUGUUACCAUGGUAACAAUGGCUGCGCUGGAGGAAGCAGCCAGUUUUAAUGAAUGUUUUAGUCUCCUGAGGCUCCUUGUCUGAGAGCCUGGCUGAGGGGCAGCAUUGAUGGGACAGGGGAGGUCACAGAUGACAGGUUAAAGGGGAAGGGGCAAAGCGGAAUGCAAAAGCUAUUUUUUAACCUAGAGGGGCACUGACGGUUGAGUACACGAUGGCGUCCUGCUCAGAGUGAUUAAGAUUGAGGAAGAGCCCGAUCAACUUGUCUUGUGAAUGGCCCGCUCUGUAACCAAAUGAGGAACUGAGUGAAGGCCACAGCGGGACAGACAGCUUCAUACAAAGAUAGGAACAUGGAAAUCGACAGUGCUUGAUUUAUGAGAUGACAACGUCCUCUCUGUCUUUCUCUCUCAGCUCUCAAGCUGAGCUGACUGGUGCCAAGUGGAGAAUCUGGGAUUUACUUGUAGGAAAUCUCACUCUACCGAAUGUAGAGUUUUUAAAAACCAAGGAAUUAACACACACACACACACACACACACACACACACAUACACACACAUACACACACACAUAAACAAAGUAUGUAUGUUUGUACUGUAUGUAUGUUAACGUACAUAGCAGAAAAUGUAUGGGCAGUCCUUAACAAACGUCUAUAUGCAUUUUUGUAUAUUUUUGUGUACAUUUACGCACAAAUGUAUACCUUAUAUAUACGCAUAAAAAUCUUAUCUUUGUCCAAAAAUGUAAGUAAUCCAAUCCAAUAAUGGUUUAAGAGAUUGUAUAACUAAAGAACCGGGUGGGUGUGGCUAUGCCAACAAAAGAGAACGUUGUUGUGAUAUGUUGUAAAUUUUUUUUCUUUUUUUUUUCUUAGGUUUGUAAUGACCUAAUGCAGUUUGCACAGUGGUGUAGCCAUUGACUUGUUGGCACUUGGAGCCAGUGCUGGAGACAGGCAGAUAAAGAGACAUUCAGAGAAGAGGAGUGGAGAGGAGAGGCCAGUCCCAGGCUGCGACGAGUCCCAACAGCUGCACAGUGUAGUGGGGAGGGAGUGGGGACUGGGGUUUCAGCGUAGGGUUAGGGUUAGAGUUAGGGUUUAGGGUACAGUUAGGGCUGAAGUCCAUGGUUAGGGUUACAGUACAGAGAUUGUACUUGGCUAUGGUUGAAGAUAUGCGAUUUUGAAUAUCUCAGUCUGGCAAACUGAAUGCAGGAAUGCAGCUCUAAGCAGCGCAACAUCUGCAGCAAAGUCAUAUUUUCUCAUUACAACUGUACAUCAAAUUGUCUAGCAAGAAUUACCAGUUGUUUCCUACAGCUGUCUGCUUUUAGUUUAAUCUUUCAUUUCCUUUCAAUGAGAAAUUAAGCUCAAAAGCUCUUUGGAGACUGCAGUUACAACAUGUCAUCUUCCGGCUAUGUUUGCCAAACUGGUAAAUCUGUGACUCUGAGUUUGGGUUAGGCUUGGGUAUCAGUAUUAGAACUGGGGUUUGGGAUAGUAAGGAUGUGAUUAAAAAAAAAAAAAAAUUGAGCAACUUUUUGGGCAGCUUAGCUAAAAUAACCUUGGGCAAGGAAGUGCCUCAACAUUCUUGUAUUGCCUAUAUUGCAGCUUCCUUUUGCCCAAGGGGAAGUUACUCAAUUUGUUGUUCUAUGUCUCAUCGUAGGUCCCAUUUAGGACCCAGCUAGAUUGCCAAAGAAGUUGUUCUUUUUAUCACUUCCUUUAGACUGGGGCAGGGACAAGUGGUUAGGGGGAGAACAAGGGGUUGGGGUUGGGUCUAGUAUGUGUAGAUAUAGAGCCAGGCUAGGGUGUAGAUAGGUUCGGGCUAGAAAACAGAAUUGGCACUGAUGGGUUUGGGGAGGCAGAGGAGAAAGAGUCUGGCUCUGGGACUGGCCUCGGCAACAGACUGCACUUAGCUACUUCAAUAGCUUCUUGUUCCUUAACUGCAUUGGAGAAUAUGGAAGGGAGAUCUUUCUGCAAAGGGAUCGCCCAUUUUGUCAAAGAAAAUUUUGUCUGAGUUGAUUCACCCUUAAGCCUUGGGUGUAUUAUAUUAAAGAUAUAUUACACGCAAAUUGAUAUAUAUAAAUAUAUAUAUAUAUAUAUUAUAGAGCUAAUAGUAGACAGAUCUAUAUUAUUUUCUAUACCUGAGCAUGCUGUGGUACUGUAUGCUCUCUAACAGUAGAAGUAACCAGGGGUUGGAUGUUUUACCAGUUGCUUUACCAGUUGGAAGAAGAACGAUGAGGGCAGUUUUUUUAACUACUGUUGCUGCUGAACUCAGCAGCAUACAGUAUGUAGCCUGCAUGGUUUCUAAGACCCUGUCCACAUCAGCAGCCUUUCAGCACCGUCUUAAAAACUUUUCAGAAACUGUUCUUGAAACAAUCCUGAAGUGGUUUCAAGAACUUCUUAUUUUGGCCCUAAAAAUAUGUCUCAAGAUCACUAGAAGUAUGACAACAGUUCUCCUUAUAUUGUUUCCUCAUAGGAGUGAGGAACGAGCUCAGCAGUGCAACAAGCAUGUAAAAUGUAGGAUUUAUAUAGCAAGAUCUGUAGGCGAACCACAGCUCAGUAUCCAGAGCAAAGUAAUGAUACGGUAAGCGGUUUGUCAGCAGCGAUGUGGACAGGGUCUACAACAGAAACAGAGCUGGGUCUCAGAGGGGACGGCUGGUGACUCUGACCAGGGUUGGUUUUAGCUGGCCUUAUAUAAUCUUUCUAACUUGUUUCUAAUGCUGACUGUUCAAUGCUCUUUGUAUCUCACUUUAGAAAAACAUUGUGUAAAAAAUGAAGCGUUUGUUAUCUGUUAUUUGAAUCAAACACGGUAAUAAUGGACAGUGAACUGUCUUUUACUGUAACGGGUCACACGAGGUCCUCUUUGUUACUCUGCAAUAUAUCAGACACCUUUUUGCAGUAUUUUGUAGAUCCAAGACCUCAGAGUUUUUAAUUCUUCUUUUUUUGUACUAUAUCUAUUAUAUGUAAUUAUACAAGAUCCAGCUCAAUGGCUUGUGGACUGAAGUAACAUUUCACCUAGGGUGCCCAAAAUACAGGCCUGUGUGCCCAUUACCAACCUGAGAAAGGCCCUCACACACAAGCAUGUUUGCACACACACACGGUUCCAUACAGCCAGAGCUGUGGUUCAGCAUGCCAGUUAUGUUUCACAAUAGAUGAUUACGCCACCCGGCUUAAACAGUUACAAGGUCUUUUCCGUCUUGUUUUGAUAUAAUGUGCUCUAUGCUAUUCCUGUGGCCUUUCAAUAUGAAUAUAUAUCUAAGUAUAUAUAUGUUAUGAGUUUUUAUGCAAAGAUCCUCUCCUAUCAUAGCAUCAGAGAUGAAAAUAAAACUACCAUGCUUGAAUGGACUUCCCUUGUCUGAAGUCAUACCCCACUUACAAUAAGGAAAUAUUAAGGACUUGAUCACUCGCACCCUAGGAUUGAAAAAUAUUUCAGUACAGAGCUUUUCUAUUUA